GUACGCGCAAGCCCUGCAGAGGAGUAUAUAAGAGAUGGUAUUGCGACUGGGAGAGUAUCCCUUCUCCCAACCACGCGCUACGUCAAUUCCGCCCGACCUCGAAGGCUCGAACCGAGAUUGAGUUUCCGGAAGCCUCGGCGAUCUAAAUAGCCUCGCCCGAGCCUCUCACCUUUGCACCCACCUUUGUGCCACACCGUCCUACCGCCACACAGUGACACCACUGCUUGUUUUCUACAGAAGCUCCCUCCUCCCGAACUCUCGACCAGUCAACUCUGAGCAUGGAGCUCACCUUCGUAACGGACCUCGGACAGUCGUUCGUGGUCGAGAUCGACCCGAACAUGGAACUGGAGAACGUCAUGGCCCUGCUCGAGGCUGAGUCCGAUAUCCCGGUACAGGAACAGAGUAUCUCUUACGAAGGUCGUGAGCUGAGCAAUCCCAAAGCGACAAUGGCACAACUCGGUGUUGGAGACAGCGCGAUGUUGCUCCUUCGGAGAAAGGUCAAUGUCGCAGGAAGGACAAUAGAGCAGGACGCUGAAAUGAUGCGGCUACAACUCUUGGGUGACCCUGCGCUCAUGUCACAGAUACAACAAACAAACCCGGAACUCGCUCACGCUGCACAGACGGACCCCCACCGAUUCGCUGAGCUCCUGCGGCAAACGCGCUCCCGGCACGUGGAGGCUGAGCGCGAGCUCGCUGCGAUGGAGGCGAACCCCUUCGACAUCGAGGCUCAGCGCCGGAUAGAGGAGGCUAUCCAUCAGCAAGCGGUUAUGGAGAACCUUGAGCAUGCGCUUGAGUACUCGCCCGAGGUCUUUGGGCGCGUGACGAUGCUUUAGUAUGUGUGCAUUCCUACUUGGUGUGGCAAGUGGCUAACAGGAAGUAGCAUUCCUAUUGAGGUCAAUGGACACGCUGUAAAGGCCUUCGU